AUGGAAAAUAGUAAUUCCCCUGAAGACGCAAGCGGCAGCGCGAGGAGAGCUACGACAGCAGACAGUGACACUACGGAGCCUACGGAGAAGAAGAGCGAGAGUGCAGUCACAAGAUAUUGUUUCUCUCUAGGCAAUUGUUCGAGGAGGAGGGUACCGUCUGUUGGCAUUGAUCCCUGA